AUAUACCGCGCCUCUUCUCGCUCGCUUUGCUUCUUCGCUACGUGCACGUUUUUCGCGUCGCAUCGCGACAACUGCGUGUGCCGCGUUGACCCAGUUCCACCAGCACCACGUUGGCCGGUGCGCCGUUCAAGACGGCGACUAGUGUCGUUCAAUCUCGCGAGGAAUUAAAGCGGAACUUUGGCGAAAGCACGAGUUUCUUCUCGGUCCGUCAGAAGGCAAUGUGCCUUCCGUUUUCCUAGAAUCGAAUCCCACGGAGAGGUUCGACAACGAGGGAAAAGGGAGAGCCAAAUGUUGCAUCGGUGAAAGGACGCGUCAAAGAAUCCUCCGGGCGCUUCUCGUCCACAUGGUCUGUGUUUUGCUUCUCCACCCUCUUCGCCUCCCCUACGUGGCUCCCUCUCGACCAUCGCUAUUCACACGAGCGAGUAUCGCUCGCGUGUGACGAGGACACGCGAAUAUCACCUGGUCUCGUUCGCCGCGCCGUUCCCUACCGGCGAGUGUCUGUGCCCUUUGCGUGUGCACCCUUUGCGCCCUUUGUGCAACCACCUCGUUUGACCCGCGGGGUACGCACGAUGAUCGCGCUUCGAUGAGACGGGACCGGCGCCGGGGUUCUCGUAGUCAGGCAGCAAUAAUCGAGGACGGUUCCCUUGGUAUCGCCGCGACAAUCGUUGUCGUUAGCAGCGUCACGACGCGCUGACGUCGACACCUCGCUCCCGUCAACCGGCCCGUACACUCCGCUCGUUGCGGUCGCGACGACUGACGUGCCGCUUCGAGUGACGUGGGACAACGGAAGGGUUAAUAUUCAGCCCGAUGCUUGAUUCCGGAUCGUUCGAACAUUUCUCGGAGCAAAGGAAAGGCCUCGAUCGAAGCGGAUUGCGGUGUUUUCGUUUCGCGUAGAACUUGGUGCUGUGCUGUGUCGCGAUUAAUUCAUCGAACGGAGAUAGAAGACGAGAUCGGUUACGCGUUCUCCGAGUAAUCGAUACGAUGGAAACGUUCAUGAUAAUAGGCAUAUGUUUCCUGUGCUACGAGGUCUGCGAGCUGAUCAGACACUACGCCACGCCGCAAACGACCGAGCCGCGUCGUCCGCUCGUGAAAUCCGCAGCACCAGCCUCGCAGCGUGUCUUCUCGAUCUCUCACAGGAUGCAAAAUCGUCAGGCUUGUUGCCCGCAGUAAAUCACCUCGAGAAAUGAUCUGGCUUCUGUUCGUCUGCCAGCUGAAUAAUAGCUGAGCCCGCACGAGAGAAGCUGAAUGAAUAAACGAGUUGAACGAACGACGAUCGAUUUCGUUUCACGUUGAAUGAAAGUUGAGGAAGAUAACCGAUCGGAUCUGCUGUCUACGCGAUUCAAAGCGAUCGCUGCAACUUAAUAAAACGUGUCCUGCGUCCAUCAGCCUUCCUUCGGACAGCACCACGGUGAUCUUCGAUAACAAGGCUACUCGGAAGAAAUACGAAGCGGAAUUCGCGUCGCCUUGACAAAUGUACCGGACAUGAUGGAGCGUGGUCUCGCGUCCGAUCGAUAGGGAGACGACGUAAACGUGGCGAUAUCUCCUGCUCGCCGGCACUUGCCGCGAUCGAUGGGAUUCCGAUCGAUGUAGCUGAACCCGCAUCCCUGAAAGUUUCCCCGCAAAUAUCGACGAAUAUCCGGCAAACAGCUUUCCGCAACAGAGAAACGUUUCUGUUUUUCUCGUUAAAAUGUGUACCCGAGCUGAAUCGAACGGAAUCGUACAAGUUCGAAGCGUGUUGUGUCCUCGCGAGUGUCUUCGGAACUAACACGGAUCGGAAUAUUUUCCCUGGAAAUUAUUCGCGCAUCGUUGCACCGCGUUGAAAAGUCUCUCGUUUAACCAGCUUCGAAGGAACGCGCACCCAUGUGAGUUUUCUCUAUCUCUAUAUCUCUCUGCUUGCUGAAAACGUUUCUGCUCGCAACGGAGAACAGCUGCCUGAAAGAGUCGGACAGGUUGGAUGAAAAUGCAGGGUGCAUCGAUGAUCCAUGAAACUGGCUGGGAUUUGAAUUCGAGUGGGAUUCGUAAGACGCGUGCACCGGGAAACAUUGAAUCGAAAGGAUUUUUCCUCUGCGCGUAGCCUGGUUAUGGUAUUCAUCGAAACGAUGCCUUGGUCGUUCGAUUUAGCGUAUCUCGUCGAUUUCCUCUGCAGCCUCGAGAAGUGAGAGAAUAGUUGUAUCGAUGUUUCUUGCCUGUUACCUGCGCCGAGUGUAUGGAUCGUGUGUUACGAGAUUCUCUUGAUCGACACUGAGGAGAAGGAGAGGGACUGGAAGGGCCAUCGAGAGAGAUUCUCGCGUUCGAGUGGCCAUUAUCCACGGUUACGGAUCAGUCGAGGAAGAUACAGGGAUACAGGAUACAGGAUUAUUGAGAUCGAAUAGAGAUGGACUCGUUGGAACGUCUGAUGAGCGCUGGAUCGCACCCGCCAGCCUUGACGGCAGCCACGCGAUCACAGAAUGCUUUCGUUCAAGCAAAUCUUUGCUCCGUGAUCGGCAGAAAGGGUCGUCAUUUGACUGGCACCUUCUGUUUGACAGGAGACACCAUGGAGGGGAUAAUACAGUGUCUGGUGUUUCUGAAAGCGUUUUCGCUGGUGGGCGGUGAAUUUGACAUGGAACUGAACUUCGUGAUUCAGGACGCGCAGAACAUCAGGCACAUGCUGGAACUCCUCGAUCAUUGCCCGGCCAAUCUCCAGGCCGAAAUAUGGAGCGUUUUCAUCGCUAUUUUGAGGAAAAGCGUGCGGAAUUUACAGGCGUGUACAGACGUAAGCCUCAUAGAACACGUGUUACAUCGUUUAUCCCGUGCCGAAACCGUUGUCGCAGAUCUGCUGAUCGAUAUGCUCGGAGUGUUGGCCAGUUACAGUAUAACGGUGAAAGAGUUGAAACUUUUGUUCGGUGCUAUGAAAGCUGUAAAAGGAAAAUGGCCACGACACUCGGCGAAACUGUUAAACGUUCUUCGUCAAAUGCCCCAACGAAAUGGACCCGACGUGUUUUUCAGUUUUCCUGGUAGAAAAGGAUCGGCUAUCGUCCUACCGCCGCUCGCGAAGUGGCCACACGAGAAUGGAUUCACGUUUACCACGUGGUUCCGUUUGGACCCCAUCAACUCCGUUAAUAUCGAACGAGAAAAGCCGUACCUCUACUGUUUUAAAACUAGCAAGGGAGUAGGAUAUUCCGCACACUUCGUAGGGAAUUGCUUGGUCCUCACCUCUAUGAAAGUAAAGGGCAAGGGCUUCCAGCAUUGUGUCAAAUACGAAUUUCAACCACGAAAGUGGUACAUGAUCGCCGUAGUGUACAUAUAUAAUAGGUGGACGAAAAGUGAAAUUAAAUGUUUGGUCAAUGGUCAAUUGGCUUCGAGCACAGAAAUGGCGUGGUUCGUUUCGACAAACGAUCCCUUUGACAAAUGUUACAUCGGAGCUACUCCGGAAGUGGAUGAGGAGCGCGUGUUUUGCGGACAAAUGAGCGCCAUAUAUCUGUUCAGCGAAGCACUGACGACGCAUCAAAUUUGCGCUAUGCAUAGAUUGGGGCCUGGAUAUAAGAGUCAGUUUCGUUUUGACAACGAGUGUUACCUGAAUCUGCCUGACAAUCACAAAAGGGUGCUUUACGACGGUAAGCUGUCGAACGCGAUUGUGUUCAUGUACAACCCGGUGGCAACGGAUUCGCAACUUUGUUUGCAAAGCGCACCGAAAGGCAACGUUUCCUACUUUGUACAUACACCACAUGCCCUUAUGCUGCAGGAUGUUAAAGCUGUUAUCACCCAUUCCAUUCACAGCACAUUGAACUCUAUCGGUGGCAUUCAAGUGCUGUUCCCUUUGUUCUCGCAACUAGAUAUGCCAUACGAUUGCAUAGCGCCGAACGACGUUAAGCGAGAUCCUACCUUAUGUUCGAAACUGUUGGGGUUUAUCUGCGAUCUGGUGGAAAGUUCGCAAACCGUACAGCAACAUAUGGUGCAAAACAGGGGAUUUUUGGUAAUAAGCUACAUGCUCCAGAGAGCGAGUAGAGACCACCUUACCACGGAAGUUCUCGCAUCUUUCUUGGAACUCACCAAACACUUGGUCACCUGUCUGAGCGCCAACAGCGAUUUGUUAUUGAAACAGCUAUUGGAUCACGUGCUUUUUAAUCCUGCUCUGUGGAUAUAUACGCCGGCCCCGGUGCAAACCCGGCUAUAUUCGUACUUGGCCACAGAAUUCCUCAGUGACACGCAAAUAUAUUCUAACGUAAGAAGAGUCUCCACAGUAUUACAAACGGUACACACGCUUAAAUACUACUAUUGGGUUGCCAAUCCACGAGCCAAGAGUGGUAUCACUCCAAAAGGACUCGACGGACCACGACCACAGCAGAAGGAUAUCUUGACAAUACGUUCUUAUAUUUUGUUAUUUCUGAAACAACUGAUCAUGAUCGGGAACGGAGUGAAGGAUGACGAGUUGCAGAGUAUUCUUAAUUAUCUGACGACGAUACACGAGGAUGAAAAUUUGCACGACGUUCUGCAAAUGCUUAUAUCGUUAAUGUCUGAACACCCAUCGUCGAUGGUGCCUGCUUUCGACGCGAAACAAGGCGUCAGAACGAUCUUUAAAUUGCUUGCUGCAGAAAGUCAAUUGAUACGUCUACAGGCAUUGAAGUUGUUGGGAUUCUUCUUGAGCCGUAGCACGCACAAACGAAAAUACGACGUCAUGAGCCCUCAUAAUCUGUACACGUUACUUGCCGAAAGGUUGUUGCUGAACGAAGAGACACUGUCGUUACCAACGUACAAUGUUUUAUACGAGAUCAUGACGGAACACAUUAGUCAACAGAUCCUCUACGUCAGACACCCCGAGCCAGAAUCUCAUUAUCGUUUGGAAAAUCCAAUGAUACUUAAAGUAGUAGCGACGCUGAUUCGACAAUCAAAGCAAACGGAACAACUGUUGGAGGUGAAGAAGUUGUUUCUCUCGGACAUGACACUAUUAUGCAACAACAAUCGCGAAAAUCGACGAACCGUUCUACAGAUGUCUGUGUGGCAAGAGUGGCUGAUAGCAAUGGCUUACAUUCAUCCAAAGAACACGGAGGAACAGAAGAUUUCGGACAUGGUGUACUCGUUGUUUCGAAUGCUUCUGCAUCACGCUAUUAAACACGAGUACGGUGGGUGGCGCGUGUGGGUGGACACUUUGGCAAUCGUCCAUUCCAAGGUAUCCUACGAAGAAUUCAAGCUCCAGUUCGCCCAGAUGUAUGAACAUUACGAGAGGCAACGAUCAGAUAACAUCACGGAUCCCGAGUUAAGACAACAGAGGCCGAUCAGUACUAUCUCUGGUUGGGAUCAGCAGCAUUCGGGGAAUAAUGGGUAUAAUAAACCAUCGCCGUGGGGCAAUCAACAGAACCACGACGUACAACACGUAGAGAGGAACUAUAAGGAAUUCGACGCAGCCGAGGGAAACGAUCGACUGGAAGAAUCGUGCAGCUGUGACUUGAACUCGAUAGACAACACCGAGAGUGACGGUAGUCCAGCGAUCGUGAAAUCGAACAGCGAAACGCUGGACACCCCGCAAUCGAGCGAAGCGAUAUCCCUGGACUCUAGACUGAGCGACAAACCGGAAACACCGACCACUGCGCGCGAAGUUCACACGGACACACCGACGAUCCUCGAGGAAGGUAACAGCGAGGCUGCUUCCGUGCCGACCACGCAGGAGACCAGCGAAGCGAUAUCGAUCGAGAGUUCCAGCGAUUUCUACAGCGAGGUGCACAAAAUCGAUAGUUCCAGCCCGGAUUCGAUGACGGUACAGGAGGUAUUGAAGAAGGACGAGGAGCCAUCAGAACAGAAAGAGGAAGACACCGUGUCUGAAUCGGCUUCUGCUAAGCAGACGGAAGAAAACGUACAGGCUGAACAGGAAGAUGCUGUGCCAGAGGAGAAAUCAACGCCCAAAGAGAACGCAAACGUGGCUGAUAACACUUCUGACACUGCACAAGCAAAGGAAGACACCGAAGCUUCUUCUACCGAAACGAAGGACGAAGAGACGAGCAAAGAAAAGUCUGAAGCAGCAGACGACGUUCCUCUCAAUGACGACGUUCCCUCUAAUACGGAAGUAGAUUCUGAGAAAGCUGCAGCAACUGAUGAAAGCUCGACAGACGUUGUCGCUUCAACGGAAUCGGUUGAUUCGGAGAAUAUACCGAGCGCAUCCCCUGGCGAAACACCGGAACCGUUGAUCAUCAAAGAUAUCGAGAAACUGCAAUUGGAGAACGAUCGGGAAAUAAUCGACAGCGACACUUCAGAAGCGUACUUAACACCAACGGAGAACCAAGACAACUUAAGCGAAAUGAAGUCCAAGGUAUUGGAAACUGAGAAGAUCGAAGACAAUAUGGUUGAGGAUGCCGAAGACACGAAGAGUACGACAGUGAAGGAUGAGAAUAAGGAAAAUGAUAACGAGGAAACUGUAAAGAAUCCCAAUUGCUCAACUAGCGUAAUAGAAAAUACGGAAACAUGUGAGGAGAAGGUAGAUGUAGAAGAGAAGAAAGUGGAAUCAGUAGUAGCGAGUAGUGAGUUAAGUAGUGAGAAAUGCGCGGUGGACUCUGUGACAGAGGACGAAAGUGCUGUUAUUAAUGAUAACGAUGAGAAGGUAAUUGAGAAACAUUCAAGGGAGCCGUCCACUAUUUCUACUAACGUAAGUGAUAAUCAGUCAGACAUUCCGGUGAGAACUGAGACCGAGGUAGAGGUAACAGAUAGUGUUUGUAGUAAUAGCGAUGUUCAAAGUUCUGUAGAUAAUGUGACGCAAGUGCCAAAUCCUAAACAGCAAAUUCCAACAAUAUCUACGGUCUGUGAUGCUAAUACAAAUAUGCCCGACGGUGUGCCUCAAAUCGUUAGUUCUACAGUGGUUACCAGGGAUAAUUCGUUGUUGAAUGACUUGACUCCAGAUCACGUAGAUACCCAUCGCAGAUCCAGUUUACCGGCUGUACCUACCGAGACAGCCAACGAAGAUAAUGUUAACAGUAACAAUAACGAACCUCCUUCUUUACCUGUACCCUUGCGAAAAACAUCGUCACCCCAGAAACGACCAAGGAGUGCCUCAACUUCCACACAAGUGGAUCCCAAUCAUUUCGAAACAAAACGAUCAAAACAAGGUAAUCCUUCUACGAGACCAAUGUUUAGUCCAGGACCGACUCGACCUCCUUUCAGAAUACCAGAAUUCAAAUGGUCUUACAUACAUCAGAGAUUACUCUCGGAUGUUCUUUUCUCGUUAGAAACGGAUAUUCAAGUCUGGAGAAGCCAUUCAACGAAAUCAGUGUUGGACUUUGUAAACAGCAGUGAAAACGCGAUUUUUGUUGUUAAUACCGUUCAUCUAAUUUCCCAACUGGCUGACAAUCUUAUAAUUGCCUGCGGAGGAUUAUUGCCGCUUCUAGCAUCGGCUACCUCGCCGAAUAGCGAAUUGGAUGUAAUUGAACCAACUCAGGGGAUGCCAAUUGAAGUAGCAGUUUCUUUUCUGCAAAGACUAGUCAACAUGGCUGAUGUACUUAUCUUCGCCAGCUCUUUAAAUUUCGGUGAACUGGAGGCUGAGAAGAAUAUGUCUAGUGGCGGUAUUCUAAGGCAGUGUUUACGACUGGUCUGUACAUGUGCCGUUAGAAACUGCUUAGAGUGUAAAGAACGUGGCAGACCGUACAGCAUGUUAGGUCGGCAGAUUGGUACUAGUAAUAAAUCACAGCACAUACAGUCUCUCAUACGAGGAGCUCAAACAUCACCCAAGAACAUAGUGGAUAAUCUGGCUCAUCAAUUAAGUCCUGUAAAAGACCCCGAAAAAUUGCUGCAAGAUAUGGAUGUGAAUCGUUUAAGAGCUGUGAUAUACAGAGAUGUUGAAGAAACCAAGCAGGCCCAGUUUCUGUCCCUCGCUAUAGUUUACUUCAUCUCUGUACUAAUGGUAUCAAAAUAUCGUGAUAUUCUGGAACCACCGAUAUCACAACGUCCACCAAGUCCAGUUCAAACAAUACAAACUAAUGGUGCUGGUCUAAGACCAGGUAGCCCCUCAGAUGGGAAUGGUGGUGGAGGAGGGCGGCCCCUGUUUCCACAGUGGUCUCACCACGUGUACCCACAGUUCCUCCCGGGAUCUCACCCUAACGCCAAUGCGAAUGCCAAUGCCAAUGCCAACCACCAUAUGAACCAGCACCACCACCAGCACCCGCUACCGGCUGCCAGGCACUCUAAUCGCCAGCCCCCCUCCAACUAUUAUCUCCCGAAUCACCACAGUAAUCAUUACAACCAUCAUCCGAAUAACCAUAACUAUCAUCGUCAUCAUCAUUACCAUCAUCACAAUAACAACAAUCACCAUCAUACGCUUCAAAAGCAUAUCGAUCAGCCCCGAAAUCUCUGUCAUAGAAACUCCGGUGUUGGUCUGCAAGGAAGCGGAGGUAUUAUGAGCCAGGCUGGUUCUCAGGACGACGGUGAAUACGAAGUAAUAAUCGUCGACGAGAAUAAUUCAUCGAUCCUGGCAGAUCACGACGUCACAUCCUCCGGUCCUCCUUCGACAAAGGGAGGUCACAGUGGUGUACCUCGGCCACGGACAAUUCUCGAGGAUUACACCUCGUCAGAACCAACGCUUGGCUCUUCGACAAGAACCGAACCACUGCCACGAAAUAUCCAGAGCAACGACUCCAGUGAAGAUACGGUACAUAGAAGCAAUAUUACUGCUGAUCCCAGCCCAUCAGAGGUUACAACUGAUAAUGAGAAUAAACAUAACUCUUCUGAGGAAGCUUGGACCGAUGUGAACCUCAACGAAGAUGGAGACACGAUUCCGAUGACGAAUCAAAGAGAAGAUCCACGAAAUAUUCACAAUAUGACUCAUUCUCGUGGUGACAUGCAAGACAACGAAGGUAACGUUCUGGAUCAAGAGAUGCUUGGUAACGCCGAACGUGGUGAGAAACCAUCCGCAGAAAUCUCUGUAGUUCGCGUUCCGGAUAGGCUAGUGAUGACUUCCGCGUCACCGAGACCGGAUGAUUUACCGAUCAAAGGUUUGGUCGAUCAUUUGCCGGUUCCUACGCCAUCGCGCGAAGCAUCCCUUACACAGAAGCUAGAAAUGGCACUCGGCUCUGUGUGCCCGCUUUUGAGAGAAAUCAUGGUAGAUUUCGCUCCGUUCCUGUCGAAAACCCUGGUCGGCUCUCAUGGACAGGAAUUGUUAAUGGAGGGAAAAGGUCUGACCACCUUCAAAAACAGCAACUCCGUGGUGGAAUUAGUGAUGCUACUCUGUUCCCAAGAAUGGCAGAACUCGUUGCAGAAACACGCGGGCCUCGCUUUCAUCGAGCUCAUUAACGAGGGAAGAUUACUGUCACACGCGAUGAAGGAUCAUAUAGUGAGAGUCGCCAACGAGGCCGAGUUCAUCCUGAAUCGCAUGCGAGCCGACGAUGUACUGAAACACGCUGACUUCGAGUCGCAGUGCGCUCAGACGUUGCUCGACCGACGGGAAGAGGAACGAAUGUGCGAUCAUUUGAUCACCGCAGCUCGAAGACGGGACAAUGUAAUCGCGAGCAGAUUGCUGGAGAAAGUCCGAAAUAUCCUGUCUAACAAACAUGGCGCUUGGGGUUACAUGGAUCCAAUGGCUGCAAAGUUGGCCGAAUACUGGAAGCUAGAUGCUUGGGAGGAUGAUGCACGUAGACGUAAGCGUUUCGUGCACAAUCCACUAGGCUCGAGCCAUCCCGAAGCUACACUGAAGGCGGCACUCGAACAUGGUGCACCCGAGGAUGCGAUACUGCAAGCGCGUGAAGAGUUUCACGCGCAUCUCGCAGCCUCGCGUGCACAUCAGCAGCAAUUGCAGUCGGCGGAUCUGAUGGACGACAGCGAACUGUUGUCGGACGACAGAGACCUCGACAACGACCUGACAGGCCCGGUGAACAUCAGCACGAAAGGGAAAUUGAUCGCUCCUGGUAUCGUGGCUCCUGGUAUUAUCUCCGUCACGUCCACGGAACUGUACUUCGAGGUAGACGAGGAUGACCCGGAGUUCAAGAAGAUCGACAGUGAGGUGCUGAAAUACUGCGACCAUCUGCACGGAAAAUGGUACUUCUCGGAGGUGCGAGCGAUAUUCUCGCGACGGUAUUUGCUCCAGAACGUCGCCAUCGAGAUCUUCCUAGCCAGCAGAACCUCGAUCCUGUUCGCGUUCCCGGACCAGGCGACGGUGAAAAAGGUGAUCAAGGCGCUACCGCGGGUCGGCGUUGGCAUCAAAUACGGGAUCCAGCAGACUAGGAGAGCGUCGAUGAUGUCGCCUCGUCAAUUAAUGAGAAGCUCGAACAUGACGCAAAAAUGGCAGCGAAGAGAAAUAUCCAACUUUGAGUACCUCAUGUUCUUAAACACAAUCGCUGGUCGAACGUAUAAUGACUUGAACCAAUAUCCGGUUUUCCCUUGGGUGUUGACAAACUACGAGACGAAGGAGCUGGAUCUCAGUUUACCCAGUAAUUAUCGUGACUUAUCAAAGCCUAUUGGAGCGUUGAAUCCAAGCAGAAGGGCUUACUUCGAGGAACGUUUUCAAAGUUGGGAACACGACAGUAUACCACCUUUCCAUUAUGGCACCCAUUACUCCACGGCUGCUUUUGUUUUGAAUUGGAUGAUACGUGUGGAACCCAUGACAACGAUGUUUCUGGCGCUUCAAGGUGGCAAGUUCGAUCACCCUAAUCGUUUAUUCUCCUCGAUCGCGUUAUCCUGGAAGAAUUGUCAACGGGACACAUCCGACGUUAAGGAGCUUAUUCCGGAGUUCUUCUUCCUACCGGAAAUGUUGGUGAACAGCAAUCGGUAUCGCUUGGGUAGACAAGAGGAUGGCAGCUCGGUGGGCGAUGUUGAAUUACCACCUUGGGCGUCAUCGCCGGAAGAAUUUAUACGAAUCAAUCGAAUGGCACUCGAAUCGGAGUUCGUGUCUUGUCAAUUACACCAGUGGAUCGAUCUGAUAUUCGGUUACAAACAGAAAGGUCCAGAGGCUGUUCGAGCAACAAACGUUUUCUAUUAUCUAACGUACGAAGGUAGCGUAGAUCUGGACACCAUAACAGAUCCAUUGAUGAGAGAAGCCAUCGAGAAUCAAAUACGAAACUUUGGCCAAACACCAUCGCAACUUCUGAUGGAGCCUCACCCUCCGAGGAGUUCUGCGAUGCAUUUGAGUACCGCGAAGUUUGACAAGACGUUGCCGCCCGUGUUGCAGUCGCCGAUGAUGUUCUCGAGUAUCCCGGACGACGUGUGCAUGACCAUCAAAUUCCCAUCGAAUUCGCCGAUUUGUCACAUUUCGGCCAACACUUAUCCCCAAUUACCUUUGCCGUCCGUCGUUACGGUCACCACCGGCCAGCAAUUCGCUGUCAACAGAUGGAACACUAAUUACGCUGCUUCCGUGCAAUCACCUAGCUACGCGGAUACUCCUCAAGCUCAGGCUGCGAAUCAACCGAUGUCCAUGGAUCCUGUUCUCUCGCAAGCAGCGAAUAGCUCCAAUCCAGCGCUGAGAAGACAUUUGGGAGACAAUUUCAGUCAGAAAUUGACGAUUCGAAGCAAUUGCUUCGUUACCACGGUAGACAGCAGAUUUUUAGUCGCUUGCGGAUUUUGGGACAACAGUUUCCGUGUGUUCUCCACUGAAACUGCGAAAAUAGUGCAGAUAGUGUUUGGCCAUUACGGGGUCGUCACCUGUUUGUCGCGCAGCGAGUGCAACAUCACUUCCGACUGUUACAUAGCAUCCGGAAGUGCCGAUUGCACCGUCUUAUUGUGGCAUUGGAACGCAAGAACUCAGACGAUCGUCGGAGAGGGUGAAGCUCCAGCACCAAGAGCAACCCUGACAGGACACGAACAACCGGUUACGGCUGUAGUUAUAUCCGCCGAGUUGGGCCUGGUUGUUUCCGGUUCUUACUAUGGACCAGUUCUCGUACACACGACUUUCGGAGAUCUUCUGAGGUCGCUGGAAGCACCAAAUGGAUUUUCAUCUCCUGAAAAUAUCGCGAUGUCACGGGAGGGUGUCAUUGUGGUGAACUAUGAACGUGGUCACAUAGCUGCGUUCACCAUCAAUGGGAAACGUCUUCGUCACGAGUCCCAUAAUGAUAAUCUUCAGUGUCUGCUUUUAAGCAGAGACGGCGAGUACUUAAUGACAGGUGGUGACAAACGAAUCGUGGAAGUUUGGAGGACGUUCAAUCUAGCUCUUCUAUAUGCAUUUCCAGCAUGCGAAAGUAGUGUCCGUUCUCUGGCACUUUCUCACGACCAAAAGUUUCUACUCGCUGGUCUAGCGAACGGAUCGAUCGUGAUAUUCCACAUCGACUUCAACCGGUGGCACCACGAGUUCCAGCAACGCUACUGAGAAUGUUUUGCGUACGUCUAGCAAAAUCGAACAGGAUACAAGCAUAACCCGGCUGUUGUUUGACUAUUUUGCACAAUACCAACAGAUUUUCCUUAACGAUGGACUCGUCGCAAUGACGACAGCUAUGCAACAGCCAUUUUCACUAUAAUCCUACGUGUACUUACUCUAUUCAAUGAAAUCGAAGAAACGCAUUGUGCAAUGAGAUUGAACAAUUUACAGAUAGGAGCAACGAGCAACGACGCUUUCGUAAACGUUUAUUACAAUCAAGUAGUGGGCGCGGAACAGUAGUCGGCGAGCAGCAGGUAAUAUUCAGCGUUCUAGCAAUAAACAAAGAGAAAUUCGCUUUUCCCGCGACGAGAUAAACAUUCGAUAUAAGCAGUGCUUCCGUGAAUCGACGAGCAGGCGUGCAGAAUCUUGUGCCGAUCAAGCGUUAUUCCGCGAUCUCGAACGAGGAGUCGGGAAUCGUACAUUGAUGGACGUUUAUCUCGUGUCCUCGAACUGUCGAGCGUGCAAGGAACGCGAUGGAAGAGAGAGAUUCGCGGAAGAAAAUGAAGUAGACAUGUCUCUCUGGAAUCGCUAGUCAAUUACGAACCCACACGAAUCUAUCUGUACGCUUGCGAACACUCGAAGGUCGAUUCUCGACCAUGUCCUUCGAGGAUAACGCGAAGAGGUCCUUGGACAGCACGCUGGCGACCGAGGGAAUCGCAAACACGCCGAGGUUGCGUUGUUUUCCCGCCUCGAAGUACGCUCGGGUACGAUCAGAUUCCUACCCGCGAUGCCAAUAACGUCCCGUGUAAAUACGAUUAUCUCUAUAAAUAUGCAUAUACGAUAUAAAUACGUACAUAUUAUAUUCCGUACUAGGAUGACGAGCGAAUGAGCAAAAGACGAGGCAUAGAUACGUGUACUCGUUUCAAAGUAUUCCAUUGCCUGUGUCGCGAUUGCUGCUCGUGAUACGAUACACUUCUUCGGCUAAGCACUUAGUUCAGUUUAACGAGACACGUAAGAAUGUAGAGACACACCUACGUGUAGUGAUCGAACCGAUACCGAUACAUAUCGAUACUAGAGUAACUCGAAAUUCUAGAUACUUGGUUUCGAUUUUCAAUACGAAUUCUUCUUGCAGAGAUAUUAAGUCAAUACAAGUACUUCAUUGGAUCGAUACCUGUUUGAUACUUCAUGAAAUUCUCGAUGCUUCAUAUCCAUCUGAAUAUUACAAUUUGAUGUUUAACACCUGAAGGAAUUUUUAUAUUUUCGAGUUUAGACUUUUAUAUAUCUAUUAAAGUGUUAAUUCUAAAUAAAAAAGAACUGCCAUACUUUUGAAAAAAUGCUAACAACUUCAGAAGAGAAAAAUAUUUUUAUUUUUGUUCUAACUUCAUGUUUUAAUUAGGGGACCAAAAAACCCUUGUAUAGAAAUACUUUCGUUGAAGUAUCAAACGAGUAUCGAUCCUCUUCGAUAAGGUAUCGACAUUAUUGAUUCGGUAUCGUUUCGAUCACGAUACGCUAAAGAAAUACACAAACAAGAUUCCGUCACAUGUACACGCAAUGGUUCUCGAGUAUACACAUUUGCACAAGAAGGCACUUUCGCAAGGGACGAUCGAUGCUUUUUCUUUCGCAAUGCCGCGUACGCUGAAUCACCCCUAACACUUACACACACCAUCACCAAUCACCAUCGAUCAGCCCGCAAGAACACUUCCUAUACCCUUAAAUGUUCACGUCCUUCGAAAGAGAUCCUAAUUUUUAUCAAAGCCGUCCAGCUUAACUUUGCGAGGAUAUUUCUUGGUAUUUUCGCACGCGAGGUAUAAUUAAUCAGCAAGAGAAUGUUAUAAAUAGGCUUAUAACAAGCGAGGAAUCACAUGGAUCCCGAAUUCAUUCUCGACGUUGUUCGUGUGUGAACGUGUCGCCCGUAUGACGAUUCGAAUGGAACAGAAGGUUCAUUUUCACGAAAAGUAACGAUGGAACAGUGAAAAAGAAAAGAAAACGACGCGAAGAUCGGACGAAUUCAUGCGAUUUAUUGAAACAAAAAAUUGGAGAGGAAUGUAGAAAUGAAAGUUAGACAGAUCGUCUACUCGUCGUUUCGAAUGUAAAAAACGAAUCCUAGUCACUCUUUCGAACAAUGUCGGCGUUCAUCAACGAGUAUUACAUAGAAAGCGUGAAUAGUAACGUGAAAGGUCCUUAUCGCGUGCAUAGCUUCGAUUGUUUGCACCUGCGAUUCGGUCUACGUAGCACCGUACACGGUUCGCUUCAAAAUAUAGGCCAGCGAGUUUCUUCUUUUCUUAGUCGUUCUAGAUCUCGAUACGUUUCCUUUCGCUGACGAUCGAUGAUGUGACUUCGAGUCAGAGGAUCUUCGUACGAAAAAAUGAUGAAAGAAAAUGAUAAGACAAGCGUGGGAGCAGGAGAGGAGGACAAAGGGGAGCGAGGGCGCGAAAAGAGAACGGUGUGAGAGGAACAAGGGAUUAAAUGAGAAUAAUUCGGUGCGAGAGUGUUACGGUCUCGUCGGUGAUCAUCGCGACGCGUUUUCUCUAUGCUGCGCGCGUUCGUGCGCGAUUUCGCGGAUCAUACGAUUCGAUGCGGCCAGAAGUACUUAAAGAAACAGGGAUCCGUUGACGCGGAGAUGAAAUCGAACGAGAGGAAAAAUUGUCCCAAAUACGCGAACGUCUCAGGAUAUGUAUCUAGUCAGGACUCGCGCGCGUUUUGGAUGCGUCGCGGAUUACCGGCGGUCCCGGAUUCCUUUAGAUAUCGAUAAUACACUUUAAAUAAAUCAUAUACAGUACUGUCGUACGUGGUAGAUGUAAAAAGUAAGUGCAUGGUGCAUUCGUCGUUCAAUAGCGAUCAAUCACUCUUGAGCUUGCUAAGUACCACGAUGUAACGUGUAAUACGGUUAUUAAACAAAAAAAAAAACAAAUAUGCAUUUAGCCUCGGUACUUAUUAUUGUGCACCUGACACGCCGUCGAGGCGUGUCGAUCGCUCGUUAAUCGUACAAUUUAUACACGCAUAGGACAAUGUUACGUGUGCAACAAUCGUGUUAAUUACAAUGGUAUUAUCGCUGCUAUACGUUAUGGGCGUGCUUAUGCAUGAUUGUUCGUAUCGUUUCGUUCGCGUGUCGAGAGAAAGAAAAAUUGAGACAACGAGGAGAGCGUGCAUGAUUGAAACAAGGAGAAAAAAAAGAAGAAAAUGACAAAAAAAAAAAAUAAGUUACGAGGAUGAGAUAUUGGAGCGUGAACAUGUUGUGUAAUGUGUGCGUGAGAAAGAGUUAUCGUGCCUGGUGCUUCGGAUAAUAUUAAUUUCACACAUUGUACUUAAGUGUACAGACGCAUACUAUCGACACCUUAUUUUCGCUACGAUGAAAGUAAACGAAAGAGCAAAAGGAACGAUGCAAUGAGUUAAGGCACGCACAACAUUCCAUCUGCAUUUCCUGCUUUACGGCGAUUCGCGUUCGCGCGCUUCGUUUGAAUUCGAACGGUUUGCCGCGCCGCGACUGGCGCGACGAGAAAUUCGAAUCGGUCGCGAUUCGACGGGGCGCGCAAAGCAGCGUAAUUCGUGAGAAUGUGUAGCGUGGAGAACGAAAGAAACAAAUGAGAUGCGAGAUAAAAAGAGGAAAAAAGAGAAAACGAAAGAGAAAAGCAGAAAGAUUUUAAACAGAGGAGUUUUUAUAUUUGUUUAUAGGUGUGUGAGAAUGCUGCACUUUUCGAGCAAGUUGUUAGUAAAUUCCCUCCAUAUUGCUAUAUACAUAUAUAUAUAUGAAGAAAAGUAUAUAUAUAUAUAAAAAGGAAGUUAAAAGGAAUCAAUUCUCUGUCCGUAAUCGAACUUCGGUAUAUACAUAAGAGUAACGCUACUAUUUUAAAUAACGCUAAGUACAACGCUACAACAAAGGUUUGCCUAUAAUAUUAUUAUAUGAUUAUAACUACAAUUUAUUCUCAUGAUUAUUAAUAUUGAUCAUUAUUAAUUAUUAUUAACAUUGAUUACCAAGUAUAAUUGAUUAGUGCUCUGAUCACAGGUUUGUGGUUGCAUUUCACUUGUACUUAAAUGAUUAUUAAUAAUCGAAACGAAUCACACAAAGCAAAGAUUUGUACAAUUCGUGUAUCAUCGGACCGACCACGUGUUUUUGCGUUAUUCGUGUUGAACGCAGGAAAACGUGCGAGAUGAUCGCGAGUAUUUCGUGUAAAGAGACGAGAAAAUGAAAAAGAAAAAAAAAACGAAGGGAGAAAAAAAAGAUGAAAAACCCGAAGAUUAAUGGAUUCGUUUAGAUACGAAGCUGCCCGUAGAAGUACUUAACAAGAGUAGAUUAAUCGAACGUUCUACGUUUCUAAGCGUAAUCACGGGCGGAUGAGAGGAAAAGAAAUAAAAAAAAAAAAGCGCAUAAACGUCGCGGAAUAACAUUUACUCGAACGCUUAGUCGUUUAGAAUCGUAAACCUGUUCAGUAUUUAGCAGCGACGAGAAGGAAGGUAAUCGCGACGAUGAUUUUGAUGAAAAACGAAUUCUUCGAUCGUCGAGAAACAAAUCAUCGCCGCGUGUUUCUUUCCCUCGCGAAGCAAUUUUUCCAAUCAAUCGAUAAGAAGUCAAUAUAUAUACAGAGAUUGUAGAGAAAACAGAAGAAACAAAGAAAAAAAAGAUGUUGAGAAAAGAAGUUGAAGAGAAAAGCAGGAUAAGAAAAAAAAAGAAACACAAGUGAAUAAUAAAAUCAUUGUAGCGAAAUCGUAGAGCUGCGUUCGUUAACACCGAGGAUCCAUCGAGUUCAUCUGCGUCAAAGUAGCGUUUUAUAAUCGUGAGUCCGUUUCUUAUGCGUAAUAAGCGAUACGAUUUAAAAAAAAAAAAAUUAAAAAAAAUAAAAUAUAUAUUGUACAGCAUUUGUAAUGCUAUAUAAACACGAGCCAUCCGCUCUGGAUUAAGCUUAAGCCUCAUCCGGUUAACAGAAAGACUUAUUAAUUAGUCGCUGCAGUUACAUUUCUUCAAAGACUGAACAUCGUUCCGCGAAAUAUUGUUUUCUACAUCACACACAAAUUGUUGUCAUUGUUGUUAAUCGUAAUUUCGAGCCAGGUAUUCUAGAAAACGUGAAUUCGAAUUGCUGUGAAUUUUCAAUUAGUAAAAAGAACAGACGUGAAAAGGAAAGGCAGAAAUGAAAGAAAAGAGGAUAAUAUAGGGAUAAUGAAAAGUGUGAAUCCAAGAGGAAACGAGUAGGAUAAAUAUGGCCUAAUUCUUUUUUCACAAUCUGCGACACAAGGUAGAGUUAGAAAAGAGCACCAGAACGAUAGAUGGUACGAUGUUCGAUCGACGAACAAAUGGCUGCAAAUAAUUACCCUUGUCAAAAAAA